AGAUGCAACGGUUUGCUUACGCGUAUUUAUCGACUCGCGACCCCGACGGGUCAGCUCAUGAAUCAGGACUCCGAUUUGGUCCGAAACUAGUCAGGCAAUCCCAUCCAGAUCCAUUUAUUAUUUUUUGGCCUUUGAGCUAUGGUUUAGACACCUGCAUGCGUAAGUCCGACUCGCACUUGGCUGAUCCAUGCGUUUUUAAAUGUAGCUAUAGAUAUUAUAGAUAGUGAUAUCUAUAAUGAAACAAUAUAUAAAGACGUUCUGACAAGAAACCAAAAGUUAUUUAUUCAUUGUGUAGUAUAAACAUGCGGGCCUUAGUGUAUUUAGUUUUAAGCUACAUUUGCAUUGCAAAUGAAGCAGCAAAGAUAUUGGUAGUGGUUCCAACGCCUUCUAUCAGCCAUCAAGUAGUGUUUCGACCUCUGACUCAGGAACUAGUUAAGAGAGGACACGAUGUCACCGUCAUCACAACGGAUCCCAUCUACUCAGAGGGAACAGCCCCUGCUAACCUGACAGAAAUUGACCUUCAUGAUAUAUCGUAUAAUAUAUUCAGACAAGAAAUGGCUAAAAUGCCAAAAGGAAACAAGGAUGUCAUGCUUCUUCAAACGGAGAUUUAUUUUAAAAUCUGUGUUUCAGUUUUUCGUGAACAAUUAAAAGAUAAAAGUGUGCAGCAACUCAUUAAGAACAAAAAUCUAAAAUUUGAUUUAUUGAUCUUAGAAGCAACUUUUAGACAAGCGUUAGUGUUUUCGCACAUAUUCAAAGCUCCAGUUAUACAAAUGAGUUCUCUAGGGGGUGUUUUUGACAAUUUCGUCACGAUAGGAGCUCCGACACAUCCCAUUCUGUACCCAACAAUAAUUCGGCAAAAACUGAACAAUCUUACAAUGUGGGAGAAAGUAACGGAACUGUAUAAUCAUUAUAUGUCGGAAAGGAUAUUUCAAAAUAAUGCGAAUCUAGAGAAUGAACUUAUUCGAGAACAUUUUGGGCCUGAAGUACCCACAGUGACGGAACUGUAUGAUAAUGUAGACAUGCUGUUCUUGAAUGUGUAUCCAGUGUUUGAAGGUAUUCGACCAGUUCCUCCAUCUGUCAUCUACACGGGUGGUCUGCAUCAAAACCCGGAGAAGGAAUUACCUAAGGAUCUUAAGUCUUAUUUAGAUUCUUCUAAAAAUGGUGUAAUUUACAUUAGUUUUGGAACAAAUACGGAUCCUACUCUACUAUCCCCUGAGCGCAUUCAAGUUCUAUUGAAAGCAUUCGCUCAGUUAUCAUACGAUGUGCUAUGGAAGUGGAACGGAGACGAGCUGCCUGGACGUACUGAGAACAUAAGAAUCUCAAAGUGGUUACCGCAGUCGGAUCUACUUAGACAUCCCAAAAUAAAAGUGUUCGUAACACAGGGUGGUCUACAAUCCACAGAUGAAGCAAUCACUGCUGGAGUUCCAUUGAUUGGAAUACCUAUGGUGGGCGAUCAGUGGUUUAACGUAGAAAAAUACGUACAACACAAUAUUGGUGUACGCUUGGACUUUGAAGAUCUCACAGCGGAUACCUUUAAAAAUACUUUACUGAAAGUUAUCGAAGAUGAUAGCUAUCGACGAAACAUAAUCAAACUACGCAGUCUUAUGCGUGACGAGGUGCAGACUCCACUGGAGCGCGCCGUGUGGUGGACGGAGUACGUGCUGCGGCACGGCGGCGCGAAGCACCUGCGCUCGCCCGCCGCCAACAUCUCGUGGGCGGAGUACCUAGAACUGGAACUGGUGCUCACAAUACUGGCAGCACUAUUGACAGCAAUUUCUUUAGUUCUCUCAGCCAUAUAUUUGUUAUACAAAUAUUUUGUUAGAAACUAUGUGGCUGUGAUGAAAAUUAAAAGUUCAUGAUAUAUCCAUGAGAAUAUUGAUUGAUAGUUGACAUUGUAUGUAUCGCUCAUGGCCAUUGGUUGCCCUUUUGUGAUAAUGUUAAUUGUAGUUGAAUUUGUCGCACCGAAAUUUGUUCACGGCAACCAAUACUUAAAGCUUUUAAAGUGUACAUUUUAAAACCUGAUACAGGUACUAUAGUUUUUAAAGUUGUUCCUGAACGUCCACUUGUCAUAAAAAGCAUUAUUUGUCGAUUGUUUACACGACAAGUGCUGUAAUUUUUUAAACUAUAUUGGUUAACCAAUCAACAGCUGUGCAUCUGUGACCAGCCUUGGAGGCCUUUGAUAAAACGUGAUUGAUCAGUGGUUGCCAUGAGCAGCUAGUUCCGUCAAAUGUUUUUAAUUUUUAAUAGUUUCAAUUUAGUGAAUCGUUGUUACGUACUGUGGACGUACAUUCUGUGAUAUGACUUUGUAAAUGAUUUUAUUUUAUAAAUAUUUAUGAAAUUAUUAGUUUAUAUAUUCUAUUUUAUUUUUUGUGGAUGUUAUUCCACGUAAAUGGCAUUUACGUGGAAUAACAUCCCAGCACUUUAACUAAUAAAGUGUUAUUAAGAAUCAAGUUAUAUUUUUUUAUUUUGGUUUUAUCAUGAUAACGUAUAGGUAUUCCUUACCUAACUCGAAAGCGGAAAAUAGAGUUAUGUAUGCAAGAUAAAACAAACAAAUAAUGAAAUGAUUUACAACAUAAUGGUUAUUAUCACAUGACCUUCAGGUAUAAAUAAACACAAUAGAAUAGAUGUAGUGAUAAUCAAUACACAAGUAAUAUUUCUCCGAGAAAUUAUGAAUAAAUGAAUCGGCAAAUGCAGUGUGAGAUCCAGUCGGAUAGACUGUUUACAUAAUAAAAUGAAUAAAUUCAAACAAUCUAAAAA